UUUUCACACAGGAAAACUUAAGCUGCCAAUGUCUUCCUGAAUCCAGAGGUUAGCAGUAAUGCUUUUAUUUCCUUGAUGGACUCUCAGGCAAAAACUGGGAAGGCUUACCUUCGACCUCGCAAAGCGGGCAAAAAAUGGAAGCCAGUGUGGUUGUCACUGGUUGCACCCAGCAGCAAUGGGGUGGGUCGCCUGGAGAUUCAGCAUAUAGGAGGUGGCGCUACGGGAGGCGAACACGGUACAGGGCUGAGAAGACACCACCAGCCACACGAAAGACAAGUCAAAGUGGUACGACUCACUGAGUUAAUCAGUGUCCUGAGACUUCCACCAAAUGCUGAGGCCUGUCCCAUGGAGAAUAUGUCAGCUUUUUGUGUGGAGACACAGGAAAGAACAAUGGUGUUUGCUGCACACAAAGAUGACUGUUUGGAGUGGGUGGAAAAACUUUGUCGAAACACCUUUCAGAAGAACCCAAAGACUAAUCAGCUUCAUAUGGAAGAAAACCAGAUAUAUGCAACAGCGGAUGACGCCUCAGAUUUCUGGGUGGUGGUGCAAAGGACGGAUGCAGCAAUACGUUGUGGACUGCAAGGGUCAUACUGGCUGCAGGUUGGACAAAAGACCCUGCUCCUGAAAGAUACUCAGAAGAUCAAGGUUGUCAGACAAUGGCCCUAUGAACUGCUGAGGCGAUACGGUAACGAUAAAAUGGUCUUAACAAUAGAAGCAGGCAGACGUUGUGACAGCGGUCCCGGAACAUUCACUUUCGAAACACAGCAAGCUGAGAAAAUAUUCAACCUGAUUCAGAGCACAAUCAAGCAGAAGACUUUAGCUGUUGCAUCAGGCAGCCAUCCCCAGAAAGAAGACACGGUCUUGGUAACCAACCUACAGACUAAUUCCCCUCUCCCCAAAACACCUGAAAUGAGCAGUAUGGAUUCCAUUUUGGAAACCGGGGGGACACCGGUAAAUAUAUCUCUUGUCUCAGAGGACACUGUGGGCUGUCAAGAUGAUUCUGCUCAUUCAUCAGAAAGUCCAUCACCACAGCCAGCUCCCAUCACCCUCAUGCCUCUUCCAGUGGUCCCAAAACUUGACAAACCCCCUGUAGGUGUUCACUGCUACCAAUCAGAAGCCGAGUAUGCCAACCCAAAUGACUGUAUCCUAACUUUACCAAAACCUCAAGCUACCAAGUCUCUGUACGUCGACCCGGCAAGUAUUCUUCCCCUUUGUCCUCCAAGUUCGCAAGCUUUAAAGCCACCUUCCUUCAGCCCUCAUCCCUGUUUCGUCAUCAGUCACCCAGACACUGUUUAUUCAGAGGUGUAUGAUAAAGUCAGACCGGGCCAGAAUGAACCACAUGCCAGUUUGAGCCAAGGUAACAUGAUGCAUCUUCCAGAGGAUGAACCAAUUUAUGCGGAACCUGUGAGCAAGGAAGAUGAAAUUGCUCAUAAAGAUGUAAGCAAGCCAGACCCAUUUGCCCACCUUUACGCUCAAGUAAACAAAACGCCGCCAUCGUCUAGUCCCUCUUCAACCACAAGCACGCCCUCUUUCUCCUCUGCAUCAUCCUUAGCCAGCAGCAUGGCCACUAUUAAAAUGGCAGAAAACACUCUGGAUGAUGUAAUCUAUGAAAACCUAGGCCUCAUUUAAAUCAGCAAAAUACAAAAAUAAUUACAAUAAUGCUAUAUAAAUGUUUCCAGGCACAGUCUAACUGUACAUUGAGCUCCAGUAUACACACUGUAUGUGCUUGGUCUGCAUUUUCAUGUUCAGAUGUUAGAAUGAAUGUCUGUAGACGAUGCAUGCAAUCCAUUUUCAAACUGGUUUGAUAAACUGAUAACUGCAACUAUCUUCUCGUAUGUACUUUUUCUAUUUUCUAUGGGCCCCUGACAGGCAUGAGCACGUAGCAACAUCACUUUUCUUCUUCAACUAGUUGUAAACCCCGGUCCAGGGUGUAUCCCGCCUCCAAAGCCAGCUGGGAUAGGCCCCAGCAUACCCCCAUGACCUUAUGAGGUUAAGCGGCAUAGAAAAUGAUUGGAUGGAUGGAUGGAUUUUAGAAAAAGGCAUUCUUGCAGAGAUACAGCCUUUUUUUUAGAUGAAAAUGGGAUUUUAGACACCUUCCAGGCAGGUUACAGGGCCUUUCAUAGCACGGAGUCUGCACUUUUCAAGGUUUUUAAUGACCUAUUUGUAAUGACUGAUUCUGGUGGUUCAGCCAUUUUAGUGCUUUUAGACGUGACUGCUGCUUUCAAAACAGCGGGCCAUGCUAUUCUUUUAUCUCGCUUGGAAAACUGUGUCGUGUCAGGGGGACUGCCCUUAAGUGGUUUAGGUCUUACCUGUCAGGGAGAUGCCUUACUAAGGGACUUGGGGACUCUACCUCGUUCACCGCCACCCUUGACUGUGGAGUCCCCCAGGGAUCAAUUCUUGGGCUCAUCCUGUUUGCUCUAUACCAGGUCCCACUUAGUGCAAUAUUCAGAAACGUGGCAUCUCUUAUCCUUUUUAUGCAGAUGACUGCCAAGUUUACUUUCCACUCCCAAAAAAUGACCAUGCCCCCUUGACACCCCUUCUCGAGUGCUUAAGCGACGUCAAGGUCUGGUUGGCCUGAAUGAGGGGAAGACUGAGGUUAUCAAGCUGAAUCACAGCAGCCCCCUUAUGAACUUGAGCCCCCUCAAGAACCAAGUACGUCCUACACCCACCAGCCUUGACGUCAUAAUAGUUAGUGAUUUUAAACUUAAUAAACAGAUCAACGCUGUUGUAAAAUCCAGGUUUUAUCAUCUUCAGCUUUUAUCUAAAAUUGAAUCAUUUUUAUCUUUGCGACAUUUCAAAGUCACGCACGCUUUUAUUUUGUCACAUCUGGACUACUGUCAUGCGCUUUACUCUACAAUAAACCACAAUGUUCUCUCUCACUUACAGUUAGUCCAGAACUCUGCGGCACGGCUUUUAACAGGAACCAAAAAGAGGGCGCACACCACCCCAUUUCUCGCCCCCAUGCAAUGGCCUGUUCGUUUUACAAUUGAUUUUAGGAUUUGAUUGUUUUUAAGGCGUUGAAUGGGCUGGGCCCUCAUCCAAAUUUACACUCCAGCGCGCACAUUGAGGUCCGAAGGCCAGCUGCAACUGGUGGUGCCCAGGACGAGACUUAAGACCAGGGGAGACCGUGCCUCUUCUGUAGUCGGCCCCCAAGCUCUGGAACACCCCCCCGCAAAACGGCCCCCACAGUUGUCUCAUCUUAAAAGCCACUUUUAUUCUCUGUUUUUUAACUCGGCGUGAGGUGUGUGGGCCUUUGUGUCUUUUAUUCUUUUCUUUUUAGUUUUAACUGGUAUUAUUUAUCCUAGGUUUUUCUUUUUACUUCUUGUAUUUAUUGCUUUUAUUGUUUUACUUAUUUUAAAUAUAUGUUUUUAUUUGUAUUACUUUUUACUGUAGAAAAUGUGUACUUUUACUAGUCU